CACCUUCUUAAAGGACCCGCAUUCACCGCCACACCACUAUUUGCACGACUAGCUCCCGGGGCAACAGGUUAUACAAAUUGUAAACCUCAGUGUCAUCAGCGCUGCAUGCGCAGUUUCGGGAUAAUGACAGCAGGGAUGUGAUCGCAGGUGGAUGACACCACGCGGCAACACACGGGCGUCGUUCGUCAGUUGACACCAUGUUGCAUGGACUAGACACUUUCAUGUUAACCCAGGUCAAGGUGACCUAGUUUGAAUGAUCGACAAGAAGGACACAAGCCCUCAGGGUACUGUUUGUAAACACGAGGCAAACAAACGUCACCUUUCACUAUUGAACUACCAGCCUACCCGACAUAUGCCGAACUCGGGGAUAUAUAGGGAAUUUGGAAGAUGACGUUCAAUGUUCUCAUCGUCGUCGUUCUGUUCUCGGCGACCUCAUGCAAAGGACACACGUUACACUACGAGCAGCAGAGUGCUCAGUGCUAUAACGGGACUACCGGGUACCCCUUGCCGGUAUAUGGCAGUGUGGAGGAGGGCGAGCGGAGCGGACUGCAGAUAGCAGAGGCUCUGUACGGCACGGAGAUUAAGGAACUCGCCAUUGGUCGUCCUCAGAUGGAUCAGAUCCUGGAGCACAAGCGUGACGAGAGGGAGAAGAGGCGACACAAGAGAGCUAUCACGUCUCAGAAGUGGCUGUACUGGGAGGGCGCCUAUCUCCCCUACAGGUUCGACGCCGAUGUGCCACCUGAUGAGGAACACGAGACACGAACAGCCAUGAAACGUCACGAGCGGUUCACGUGCGUGCGCUUUGUACCCUGGGUGGAGAACGUGACGCGAUAUGAGUAUAAUCUCUCGAGUGAAAGCCACGUGCGCUUGAUCAAGAAACAAGGGUGUUGGUCGCUACUGGGUAACGUCCACAACCCUAAUGGCCAAAGACUAAGCUGCUGCAGCCGGGGUGCGUGUGUCCAUGAGCUGUCCCACGCCUUUGGUGUGUUCCACGACCACGUCAGUCCUGCGAGACACGGCUUCAUCAGAAUCAACUGGAAUAACAUUAAGCUAGAUAACUGGGCGAUCUUCAUGGAAGAAUACCAAGAAACAACCAUGUUCUUCCGGUUUGACCUGACCAGCAUCAUGCACUAUGCUCUCGGCGGAUUUAAACAAGGGCCGUGGCCCUCAAUGACCGUGCUGUUCAAGGACCUGGAGUCGCUUACGAACAUGCGGAAUAAUGUCUUCUACAACUGGCAGGAGAUAUCCGUCACCAAUCAGUGUAAAGCCCGGAUGUGUCCUGACUUCGCCAUUGAGUGUGUCAACGACGGCUUUGUGUCCUACGUAGAGGGGGCGUGCCAAUGCCUGUGUCCCCCCGGGCUCGACCCCCAGACUGGCUGUGGGACUGUCAUCAAGUCUGUGGCCUCUGUUCCCGAUUGGCCGCCUGGAUCCUAUGGCGUUCUGAGCACUUCCGCCGGAUGUCCGUCGAACGAGUUCUUAAAUCGAACCUAUCAACCAGGAGUAGAGCUGACAAGCCCUGGCGCCAGUUUUCAUUUGGGGGAAAACCUGACAGGCCUGACAUUUUGUCUGAAGUAUUCCACCUCCGAGGUGACAACAUGGCAGACUGGGGGAUACGCUAUUCUUGCGGCGGACAGCGGGGACUGUCCGGCCGAUUUCUCGAUGAAAAACGUAUCAACACCCAGCUUUACCCUAAGGCUGUGUCUACGUAACGACGGGUUCAUCGAGGAUGUCCUUUACCUUCCCACCGACACGCCAUUUAUUCUAUUUCCGCUUGGAAAGCAGGGACCAUGUCAAAGCGUAAACGGGAUGAUGAGCACGCUGGAAAGCCUGCAGAUAGCCACGAGGGACACGAGCCUGGAGCUAGAGUCUGGCGUCCCCUUCGAGAAAGACAGCAGGGGUGACCUGACGAUGGGGUUCUGUUAUUAUUCAAAGUACGAUAGAGACUGCGGCGAUGUGAUAGAGCUGUCGAGUGACAAUCCGUCCACAGUGGUUACCUCCCCUGGUUACCCAUCUCCUUAUCGUCCGUCGCUGGACUGUCACUGGUUGAUCAAGGCUCCGCUAGGCGCCACGAUGAUCAUAAACUUUGAAGACUUUGACGUGGGUAAGACGGGGCAGUGUGGGGGCGACUCGUUCAUCAUCCGCUAUAUCUACCCCGGGCAGAACGCCCCCACGAGAUGCGGUCAAGGCCUGGACCGGACCUUCCGGACCCUGAACAAUACGGUGACCUUCCAGCUAAACACUGACCUCACUGACCACUACAGAGGCUUCAAGGCCAAGAUUGAUGUCGUCCUUCCGGAGAAUCACUGCUUCAACGUGGCGGACAACGGCCGGAGCUACCGAGGCAGGGUAAACAUGACCCGAGACCUGCAGCCCUGCUUGCCCUGGGACAGAGUCACGGGCUGUCCGCAUCAUUUGUUCAGCCCUGGAGAUUUUGACGCAGUGUUGGAGGAGAACUUCUGCCGUAACCCUGACAACAGUUUCCGGCCAUGGUGCUACACGAAGACCUACGAAGGCCAGUGUGACCGCGACUACUGUGAUGUAUGCGGACUCGAAAACAAGUAUGACAACUUCCCUGACUGUGACCAGCUGAAGAAGGAGGGUCUGUGUGAGGGGGACCAAAUCAUCGCCGCUACCCGCUGUGCCAAGACCUGCGACGUUAAACUGGUCAAAGACAUGUCAUCAAGCUGCAGCCGGCCACCCCCUGCCGCGGACGGCCUGCUCACGUUCGAGAAGAACUGGUACAACAUCGGCGAAACAGUACUUACAAAGUGCCCGUAUGGACCGGAUGCAGUAACGAGGCGUUGCCAUAGCGACGGAUCAUGGACACCCGCCAACUACGUGUGUGGAGUUUGCCCUAGCGGCUGGAGCUCCUUUAGGUCUGCCUGCUACAAGUUCUAUCCCAGCCUCGUCACCCAGAGCAGAGCCUCAGACGUUUGCUCCACCCACAAUGCCCACCUCGCCUGGGCCGACGACAUCCCAGAGCUCGAGUAUAUUGUUACGUUGAGGCGGAAGUUAUGGCGGAUGUGGCUAGGCGCCAGCAGGGAGAGUGUAACGAACGUCUGGACCAACAAUGAUGGAUCUAAACUGACCUUGACAAACUGGGCUCAAGGGGCUGCCAGAAUUAAAGAAGAAAAGAUUUGUUUGGUGAUAAAUCCGGAGGAACGGGGCAACACCAUACGGGAAGAGAGUUGUAACGGCGUGAUGCCGUUUGUCUGCAAAUAUCUGCCAAAUAGUCGACGUGCGUGUAUAAACCAACGUUGGGACUGCCAUGCUGUGUUGAGGAGGAACCCGACAGUCUGCCGGGACUACCCCGAGUUUGUCCGCCAUCAGUGUCCCUUCUCCUGCGGUUUCUGCCAACCAUUCACCACACCAUUCUGCAAAGUCACGACACCCCCAAUGAACGCAGCUCCCUCUAGUGACGUCACGUACACAUACAUACCUCGUGGUGAUGUCAUCACCUACACGUGCAUACCGGGAACCGUCUUGGUUAGCGGGCAGCUCAGCAGAAUAUGCGAAGAAAGCGGUUGGCUGUCAGGGUCGGAACCAGUCUGCGUUGACGAGAAUGAACAAGUCACCCCUGUCAGCCAAGUUGACAUUAUCAAGCGGGCCUACACCUGCGCCGUCAGCACCACCUACAUAGGCAACAAUAGCUUACAUCGCAUACAACGAGAAGGGGAGAUAACCCAAUGGCGAUUCUACACGCGCGGUGCCGGAAGCACUGUUCUUCAGAUAUGGCGUCCGCGACCAGAUGUUGGACCCCUUCAAUUUCAGUUUAUUGGACAGAACAUGGUCAACUACGGCCCUGACCGGGUAAAUAUCGUUGACAUUCCUCGCGGAAGCAGAAUCCAGGUGAUUCCUGGUGACCUCAUUGGUAUCUGGUCGGGUCAUGUUGCGUCACAAAUCAUGUGGAAUUCGUGUGGACUUGAGGAGGGGUACCCGGAAGGAGAAAACAGCCUCGUUCUGGACAAACACAUGACGACAGCGUCUUUCUUUGAAGUGGACACGGUCUAUAACUGGAAAGAUCUGACGUGCAGAACUUUUUCAUUGACAGCUUACGUCAAUAAGACGUACGAAGCACUAUCACGCACGAAUGAAAUCCCAAUCAUAUAUGGCAAGCACGUCAUUAGGGUAGCUGACCGAGCUUACACAGGGAACAACGCCUACUUCAGGAUCCGUGUCAAUGGCUCGCUGGUGCAGUGGCAGUUGUUUUCGCCAAAUAUCAGCAGGAUUGGCCUUCAAGUGUGGCGAGCUGUCGGAGAAAACACGUACACGUUCAUUGGCCAGAACAUGAUCACUACAGUCAAUAACAUGUCACAAGUGGUGGACGUCCAACCGUCAGAGCAGAUCAGUGUGACGGAGGGAGACCUCAUAGGGGUGUCGUUGACAGAUAAAUAUGGGGGGGCGUCCUACACUACGUGCCAGACUAGAAACAAUCCCCAGGCGUUGCCGAUGUCUUGGUUGAAUAGCGAAAAUAUUGAGUUUCAAGCAGGAGCCAAUGUGACUUUUAAGGCGAUGAAGAGCUGCCGGAUAUUCCAUUUUACAGCCGUUGUGAGGGCAGACACAUGAUUGCCUGGUUUAUAACCAACAGGACACAAGGACGUAUUGUAGAUAGUAGUACCAAAUUAUUAAAGAUUGUCAUUUUACUUGUAUAUAGGAACAUAUAGUAUGAAUGUAUGUAUGUAAGUAUGUGUGUGUGAGAGAUGCAUCUGUGGAUGCAACGUAGAUUCUGAUGAGCCAUUGGUACAACCAAGAGAGAGAGAGAGAGAGUUUACGCACGUUUACCAAUGUUUAUGCAUGUUUAUCAAUGUUUAUGUAUUGUUACAUAUGUUUAUCCAUUUUUACGAAUGGUUACUCAUUUAUAUCAAUUUAUUCGCGUUUUACCAAUGUUUAAAUAUUUUACAAGGUAUGAUAAGGACUCUUUCUGGUCUCUUGGAAAAGCCAAAUUUUAAAGUUACAUAAUACCUUUAAAUAUUGGGUUGACUGUUAUUAGACACGUUCAAAUGACUGGCAAAUAGUCUUUGUCAUCUUUUACACUUGCAGUUUUGGACUUAAAGAGUAAAUACGUUUUUGAACGUCGGGAAAAUAUCUAACUGUGAGAAAAACACGUGUCAAAAUGACUUCUACAAUCACAAAACUACUAGAGAGAGAGAGAGAGAGAGAGAGAGAGGGAGAGAGUGAGUAAAAUUAACAAUCGCGUACAUCAGCCGUUUAUUCUUUCAUAGAUGUUCACAGUUCCGUUUCUCAUAACUGUUUUUCUUAUUGUUUUCGUACAUGCAGUACCGUUUCUCACCGUAGUACCGUUUCUGUAUGUUUUUCUUAUUCAUACCAUAUGAUAAAACAUAUAUUUGUA